UAAGGUGAAUGGCGCAGGGAAAAAAUGACUAAAAGAAAUCGCCAGCCAUGCUACUCCACAGAAUCAAAUGUCUCCUCCUGCUGCUCCUCCUGCUGUUCUCUACCGCGGCAACCAACCGCGCAGGUGCAACCUUGCCUUUGUUAGGCAACGGAGGUGGCAAUGAAGGAGCUCUUCUCGCUUUCAAGGCCGAGAUCUCCGGUCACUCCGGCGUGCUGGCCUCCUGGAACCAGAGCACCAGCCACUGCAGCUGGGAGGGCGUCAUGUGCAGCCGGAGACACCGGUGGCGGGUGGUCGCCCUGGACCUCAGCGCAGGGGGCCUGGCCGGCACCAUCUCCCCGGCCAUCGGCAACCUCACCUUCCUACGCUUACUCAACCUGAGCAUCAACACCCUUCAAGGCGAGAUCCCUCCCAGCAUCGGCUCCCUCAGGCGCCUCCGGCGCAUUGAUCUCACCACAAACAUGCUCACCGGUGUCAUCCCAAGCAACAUUAGCCGCUGCACCAGCCUCCGUUUGAUGCGCAUUGGCAGCAACAAGCGGUUGCAGGGAAGCAUACCAGAUGAGAUUGGCAACAUGCCGUCACUGGUUGCACUAGGACUGUACGACAACAGCAUCACAGGAACCAUCCCACGGUCGUUUGGGAACCUCUCCCAGUCGAUCAUAUUGUCCCUGUCCAAUAACCAUCUCGAGGGAUCGAUCCCAGCACGAAUAGGGAACAAUCCACAUCUCAGGUUCCUUCAGCUUUCGAGUAACAACCUCUCAGGUUUGCUUGCUCCUUCGCUGUACAACCUAUCAUCUCUGAAUACGCUCUCCGUGGCAGACAACAGGCUGCAUGGCCGUCUGCCACCUGAUCUGCGGAAAAGCCUUCCAAGCAUCCAACAGUUCCUGAUUGCACGGAACCUAUUUUCUGGACCUUUUCCGCUGUCGCUGACUAAUCUCUCCAGCCUCCAGCUUCUUGGCGUCAGACUUAACAGUUUACCGGAGUUGUUCCUUCCCAAAUAGGCAGCUUGCGAAAUCUUAAUAUGCUUUUGCUAGGUGUCAACAUGUUCGAGGCAAACAAUAAAGAAGAAUGGGAAUUUGUUUCUUCUUUGACAAAUUGUAGCAGAUUGCAGAUGCUAGACAUUCAAUACAAUAGGUUCGCAGGGGAACUGCCAAGUUCGGUGGCUAAUUUGACCACCAAUCUUCAGGUGCUACGUAGCGACACCAACUACAUAUCUGGUUUUAUCUCGUCAGAGAUUGGAAAUUUGGCAAGUCUUGAGGAGAUUGACUUUACCAGCAACCUGCUCACCGGGGUCAUUCCUGAAAGCAUAGGGAAGCUUACACAAUUGACUCGGGUAUUUCUUGAUUCAAACAACUUGCAGGAAUUAUACCAU